GGUGCACCGGCGUAGCAUUCACCCCUUCCUACAAAUUGAAAAGCAGAAGUCAAGCCGGUUGUCAAUGGAGACAACAACACAAGACCUGAGCAACUUCACCCGCCCCGUCGGAUUCUACAUCAGAGGUUUCUACGCACUAAAACAUGGAGAAUACUACUUCAUGUUUCUGGCGGUUAUUUACGUCCUGACACUUGUGUCAAAUGCAAUCUUGAUGUUGGUCAUAUGCUUCACAGAAAACCUCCACACCCCAAAGUACAUGGCCGUGUUCAGUCUGUCAGUGGUGGACGUUAGUUUCAGCUCCGCUAUAAUUCCUCAAGCUGUUCAUAUGUAUGUCUUUGGUUCAAAAUUUAUAUAUUACGACGCUUGCUUGGCACAACUGUUCUUCGCCGAUUACUUCGUAUCAAUGGAAGCGUAUGCUCUCUGCGUUCUGGCCUACGACAGGCUCAUCGCCAUUUGUUUCCCAUUACGAAGCAAUGUUUUAAAUACCAACUGUAAAAUGAUGCUGGUUAUUAUUGUGUCGUGGUCAAUACCGCUUAUCAUGGAAGUGGUGAUGGUUGCCUUUAUUCCCCCACUGGCGUACUGUAAAUCGACGAUUGUCAACAGCUUCUUCUGUGAUCACGGCCCUGUCUUUAAGAUCGCUUGCGGUGAUUAUUCUAAGAACUGGUUUAUGGCAAGUUUUACCACGAUAGCCUUGUGCUUUGUUCCUUUUGGCUUCAUAGCUGUGACAUACCUGUUUAUAAUUUAUGCCAUUUUGAACAUUAAAUCGUCGGAGGGUAGAUGGAAAGCGUUUCAAACGUGUUCAACGCAUUUAAUUUUGGUUGCUAUAUUUUUCGUACCUUUUCUCGUAACUUACAUCGUGGCUUGGGUUAAUGUGAACAUUGAUACGGACAUCAGAAUUCUCAACACGUCUUUGUCCGGUUCUAUCCCACCGCUUUUAAACCCAAUUAUAUACUCUCUGAAAACCGAGGAGAUAUUGGAGCAAAUUAAAAAGUACCUGAGAAUUCUGAAAAAAACCUCUCCUAGCAGUUGAUGUAUUAGGCGAGAUUUUUAUUUAAGAAUCGUAGGCCUAUUGGAUGUAGGCAAACAGUCACUGUUUGGUAAUUUGCUGUUUUAUAUUUGAAGGAACAGUGCAGUAGUUUUCAAACUCACUCCCUGCAUAUGCUGGUUUUCGUUUCAGCCACAAUUGCAUUCCCAGAAUAAUAAUGAAUUGUUAUUGGUUCUUAAUACAGGUUUCAUGUUUUGAAAGAUUUUCUUUAUCCUCUGAAGCUAUGCAAUAAAUUGUGAUGCAUUCCAUAAAUAAUAAAAGUCCCAUAUUCUCAUUGUGUUACGUUUAAACAACUGCGUAAAAAGAGGGGGGAAUUUUAACUGAUCAAAUUAAAAACUGAGGCAAAUCAAUAGCAUCUUUGACACUGAUGGCAACAAUUUGGCAGAUAAUGAAGAAGUAAAACAUUUAUGAAACGACUGAAACACAUGUGUUCAACAGCGGCAAUUAAUCAAAAGAUUGGCAAUAGCAAAAACCAGCAUGCACUAGGGUCUCCAGGACCGAAAUUGAGAACGACUGAAAUAGUGCAAUAGUAUCGUUAGAACGGUUUCGUCAGGUGACAAAGUAUUAAAUGGAUUUUUAGUCAUAAAUAUAAGCCUCAAAUGUGUUUUCAUUUUAUGUCCAUUUAGACACAAAAAUAAUCAAAUUAAUAUGAGUGUGGUUACUGUAAAUUAUUAUAUGAACGCACUGUAAGAAAUAUAACGGCCCAGAAAAUAAGUGAAUCCCCCAUUUUUUUUUUUACC